AGCCAGUUCAUGCAGAGCUGCCUAAAUGCUGACAAACCCUUCUUGGAGACGCAUGUCACUGCAGCUACAUUGGGGCACCCUUCCAGAAGAAACACAAUGCACGAGGGAAAUCAGUAAACCUGUCUUUCAUUUCAGAGACAUCCUGAUCAAAACAGCUACUUUCGAGCUCCAACCAAGACUUCUGGCUGCUAAUUUCUGUUUAAAUGAGUUUGUAUGAGAAAUUAAGCAAGUUUGAACAGUGUAUUGUUUCUGACGGGCUUCAGAGGACUUCACGCUGUGCAAGUUUUACAUGCUUGUAGCUGACAGCUUGCUGGGAAGAUGAGUUCUCAAUCUAAAACUGGCUGGGGUUUUGCAGCAACUUCUUGGGUAGAAAGAUAACUUUCAACGGAACGUAAACCAUCUGCGUGUUGUGCACAGGAUCCAGUCAUAACUUGCUAUGGAGGAUGAUUUUUAAGAUGAAUACCUACCUUGGUGAUAAAUCCAAUUCAUCAACUCCUGGAUAUCUGAAAGUCUCUGCACUAAAUAAUGGCAAUCUUUCUGCAAACAACUCCAAUGAGACAGCAAGCAGUCUGGAUUCACCUGCCUUGGACAUCAGUAGGGCGAUAAUUGUGGGGCUUAUCCUAGGUGCCUUUAUACUCUUUGCUAUUAUAGGUAAUAUCUUGGUAAUUCUCUCUGUUGCUUGCAAUAGACAUUUAAGAAUCCCUACAAACUAUUUCAUAAUUAACCUUGCAAUAGCAGAUUUGUUGCUGAGUUUUACUGUCCUUCCAUUCUCUGCUACACUGGAAAUCCUUGGCUACUGGGUUUUGGGGAGGAUAUUUUGUGAUAUCUGGGCAGCAGUUGAUGUGCUAUGCUGUACAGCUUCUAUUUUAAGUCUAUGUGCAAUUUCUAUAGAUAGAUAUAUAGGGGUACGCUACUCUCUCCAGUAUCCAACUUUGGUAACAAGAAGAAGGGCAAUUUUAGCUCUCCUAGGUGUCUGGGUCCUUUCCAUGGUGAUUUCUAUUGGGCCCCUUUUGGGCUGGAAAGAACCAGCGCCCAAGGAUGACAAAGAGUGCCGUAUCACUGAAGAACCCUUCUAUGCUUUGUUUUCUUCCUUGGGAUCAUUUUACAUUCCUUUAAUCGUCAUCCUCGUGAUGUACUGUCGGGUCUACAUAGUGGCAAAAAGGACUACUAAAAAUCUGGAAGCUGGGGUUAUGAAAGAAAUGUCUAACUCCAAGGAGCUGACUUUACGGAUUCAUUACAGGAACAUUCAGGAGGACACAUUAAACAGCACCAAAUCCAAGGGUCACAAUCCCAGGAAUUCCUUAGCUUUCAAACUUUUUAAAUUCUCUAGAGAAAAGAAGGCAGCCAAGACGCUGGGAAUUGUGGUUGGCAUGUUUAUCUUGUGCUGGCUACCUUUCUUCAUUGUUCUGCCACUAGGAUCUCUGUUUUCGGCUCUGAAGCCCCCUGAAACGAUCUUCAAGGUGAUUUUUUGGCUUGGUUACUUUAACAGCUGCUUGAAUCCAAUCAUCUACCCUUGCUCAAGCAAAGAGUUCAAGAGGGCUUUUAUACAGAUCCUAAAAUGUCAGUGCCACCGUCGAAAGCAGCUGGGGUGGUGGGCCUACAGCUACAGAAACUGGAAUCGGUGCUCCUUUGAACACCCUAGGAAGGAUUCUCUGGAAGACAGUGGGAGUUUCCUCAGUGGCAGUCAGAGAACAUUAUCUUCAGCAUCUCCCAGCCCCGGCUACCUGAGCAAAAUCACUCACCCACAUAUGGAGAUGUGCACAUUCCAGGAAUGGAAAAACUCCAGCUCUUUCCUGAGCCCCUUACAGGAAGACAGCAGACAAAAGGACCCAUGCCAAUUCUUUACCUUCAAUCUCUUACCAGAGCGCAAUGGACACGUUCCUGUUGGCAGCCAAGCUUCCAGCAACAGGGACCAUGAGGCCAUCUCUGACACACUGAAUGGCAAAACCGACUGUAGAGCGAACAUGACGCUGGAGUGAACAGGUUCUAAACAGUCUGUUCUCUUUGUACACUAACCUCUUUGACCUUUCUCCAGGUGAAGAAAUGGACCUUUGCACAGUUUCUCAGUAUAUAUAGGAGGAAGCCGGUAAGGAACGGGCCAAUCUAUGUCACAAGAGCAGCAAAGCGUAGGGGCUAACAAUAUUCCCAGUCAACUGCCAGAGAGGCCAGUGAACCAAGAACAGAAUGCAGGGAAGGCGCCGCGUAAACCCAGGGAAGUGCACGUCCAAUUAUCUAGCUGUCGUGGAAGUGCUGUGGAACAGCCAAACAUAUAUGUAUAUAGAAAGAAUGUAUAAAUAUGGGGGCGGGCAGGGGAAAUAUGUAUGAAUGUGUGUGUGUGUCCGUGUGUGCCAGCCGCAUGUAUGGAUGCCUGAGAGUGGAAGUGAGCAAUGCACUGUUGUUUGUACCUCUCCAGGGUACUAGUUGCCGCUGAUUUUGCCUGUAAAUUCUUGUUGUUGUACUUCACUGUACAUUAGCACUUUAGAAGUGGAAAACAAUGUCAAAGAUUAAAGUAAUUUCGCAACAAUUUAAACACUUGCACCUAUUACUACAGGACUGGAAUUCAGCCAAGUUCCCUCAUCACAAUUUUCUCUUCAAAAUAAAACACUCGUAGCAGCUAAGUGUGCCAUUGUAACUCCGAGGGUGCUCUUGAAUAUCUCUGCAGUUACUUCCCUUCUGUGAUUCCCUUAUCACCAGCAUAUGUAACUCCUCCAUCCUUCAUGUUCUUUUUUGAAAGUUUGAAAAUACCAGCAAUGAUGAGAGCUCACAAUCUACAUUUCAGCACAUUAGUAAGUGUCCUGUAAACAUACAGGCUACCAGAGGAUCUGAUUUCUAAAGGCAACACUCAUAAAUCACCCCAAAUACCUCAUAAACAGUGUCGUGGACACAGCACAAAAGAGCAUUGACCGCUGGAGGCCAAAAACCAGCCCUAGGACAAACAUGCUGAGCCCCUGGUUCUUUCAGCAUACUUUGAAAAUAUUAUUGCUCGUAUAGAGGUUUGUACUUUGCCACUCACAUAAGAAGAGAAAGGGUCAAAACAAUGGUGUAGUGUAAGUUUCACUGUCAUUAAUAUUUUUCAGCUCAGUCAUACAGUUCUGUAACAGAAUUCCUGAGAGUAUCUUCUAGGACAUUUUAGGUCAUGUUUGGAAGUUGUUUUCUCUCUUGUGAUUAAGAGAAUCAUGAAACUAAUGACCGGGGUUUUUACAUGAAAUAGUACAAACCAUGAAAAUUGGUAUUUACUCCUUCCUUCAACCAAGACUUUCCUUAUUAGGAAUUUUUGAGACUUUUUUUUAAAAGCUUGAAACAGAGAAUGAACCAUAAACAGAUGUACUAAAAACACUUACGGACAAUUUAACAACGCCAGGUCCCAAGGGAGGGCCAUUUCCUUUUGUUUCCUCAAAUGUGUAUUCUCAUUAAGUUGACAGGGAUGGAUGUGGCUUGUGGUUAGAUGAAAUAUCCCCCAGCUCAGUAAGCAAUGAUAGGAAAGUCAUGUUCCAAGGUCUUCCCAUGGUCAUAUGUUACAGUGAGAACCACAGAAGUAUAUUUCGAGUCUUAUCCUGCUUGAAGUUAUGGCCAAUCUCCUCUUUUAAUAAUUCCAUUUUGAUUGUGGGGAAGGCUGUAAUUUCCUCUUAAAAGAACAAUGCUUAUAAAAUUUAAAAGUAUUAUAAAACAGAUAAACAAACUCUUCAUGCUCAUAGAUUGAGGUUGCCAUACAGAAUAUUCUAUCUAGCUGUGAUAUACUAGCAUGAAGCUAUUCUCUUUGGGCCUCUAAAUGGCAGAGAACUGCAUUUCUAACCUAUUGUUAUCAUUUUUGGAGGGAACAUAGAGUAGUCUGUCAAACACUUUUGGGUAUUGUAAAGCUUCUUCAAAAUUACUGUUAAUUGGAAAUAAAUCUGUUUAACCACCUGA